AUGACGUGUGAUCCUGGACGUCCAUGCAAAAGAUGUAUUCAAAAGGGUCUACAAGCAACAUGCGAAGAUGCACCGAGAAAGAGAAAGAAGUAUCUUGAGGAUGUUCCAAAUUCAUCUUUACUUACAAGCCGUAGCAUGAAUAGUGUAAACCUGUCGUACGUAUCAAUAGGACAGCCCACUGAAGCACCAGCACUUCAUCAAGACCCAACUAUUUCACAACUACACUCGCAACCCCACUUGCACUCACAACAACCACCAGCACCACCACAACAACCACAGACACGACCACCGUUGCCAAUAUCAACAGGUUCUCACAUUGGAAUGCAAUCCACUGCAAGAGAAGAUUCAUCUGCCACACCUGCUAUGACCGGGACUGAUUAUUCCCUGAACCAUAAGACAUACCAAGCAACUAUGUUCCAGCAUAGUUCUACAGCACCGAACUUGAUGCAUUCCGUUUCAGAGUACUUUCCUGAACUUUAUAAUCAGCAGUUUCAACCCCCUGAGCAUCCAAACCAAAAACGAAGGACCAAUUUCCUAUCAUCAGCAGCCGAUUUAGAAUACGCCACUUUAUCCAGUAUUCUUCAUGAAACUUUUGGGCAUCACUCAACUUCAAACGAGGGUACGCCGAAUUCACAUAAUUUUUCACCGGCGUUAUCACCACAGAAUAUGGCCACUAAUGGGGUACCACCAUCACUGCAAGCGCAGGAACACCUGAAUCUAUCGACAGCGGACCCAACAACAAGUCUAAAUUCUACAAACCAUUUACAGCUACCAGGAAAGGUUGAUUCUUUUCCUCAUAAUGGUAAUAAUAAUAAUAAUAACAACAUACUGACAAAUCAUACUACGCCAUCUCCGUUGAAUCCUACGCGUACUAGUAUAUAUGAAGAUUCUAGGUAUCCGAAAUGUGACGAAACGAUUAAUCAAUAUUUCUUGGGAGAAACUGAGUCAGGUCAGGUUGCUGUAUUUCCAGAUGUACUUACCGCAAUCAUUGCCAUGAAGAACCAUGAUCCUGCUGUAUACAUAGAGCGUAACGCUAAACUGGAAUUGUCAUUCACCAUAGGAAUACUGCAUGAGGAUAAUGCCAAUGGCAACAGUAGAGAGGACACAUUUUUUAAAGAACCAGAGGAGAUUUACGCCAAAGUGAACAAACCAUUCUCAUAUACUCCAGGAUAUCACUCAUUGAUUGCAUAUUUGCGAAAAAGAUUUGACAAACCAAUGUUGGUAAAAAUGGCUGAGAGUAUGGCCACAUAUCGUCCAUCCUUCAUUGCUUGUACAAAUUCAUUGAAAGAGCAUGACUUAAUAUUCAUGGAACAAUGUUUUCAGAGAACUUUGUUGACUUAUGACAACAUUAUUAAGCUAAGUGGAACGCCGACAAUUGUAUGGAGAAGAACAGGGGAAAUAGCUUAUGUUGGUAGUGAGUUCUGUAUACUAACAGGAUGGACUAAAGAAGAAUUGGUUGGUAAUGGGAAAAGAAAAUUCAUUGUGGAAUUGUUGGAUGAUAAAUCAGUAUUGGAGUAUUUCCAGGUUUUUUCUAGAAUCGCCUUUGGUGAUUUUCUAGGUGCCACAAUGACAGAAUGUACAUUAUUAACACCUAAUCCCGAUGUAAAGAUACGAAGUGGUUGUAUGUGGACGUUAAAGAGAGAUGUGUUUGGUAUUCCAAUGAUGAUUGUGGGAAAUUUCUUACCAAUUCUAUCCAAUACAUGA